AUGACAAUGCCAGUGGUCAAAGUUGAGAAAGACUCUUCGGCAGACAUCACCUCAUCUGCCUCCAACCCUCCAGUGCAGACUGAGGAGCAGCCCAGAGGUCGGAGGAGAAAGAGACCUCUCCAGCGAGGGAAACCCCCUUACAGCUACAUUGCGCUCAUUUCCAUGGCCAUAGCCCACUCCCCUGACCGCAAGCUGACUUUAGGGGGCAUCUACAAAUUCAUCACAGAGCGCUUCCCCUUCUACAGAGACAAUUCGAAGAAGUGGCAGAACUCAAUCCGCCAUAACUUGACUCUCAACGACUGUUUUAUCAAGAUCCCUCGGGAGCCGGGGCGGCCGGGGAAGGGCAACUACUGGGCUUUGGACCCAAACGCAGAGGACAUGUUCGAGAGCGGCAGCUUCCUGAGGCGCAGGAAGAGGUUUAAGCGCUGUGACCUCAGCACCUACACCUCAUAUGUCCAUGAGACACCAGUCUUCUCUCCUGUCCAGAUUGCCAGAUCGGCCUCAUAUCCCAACUCUGUCUACCCCAACAUGACAGUCAGUCCACCCUACGGGCAGCAGCUGACCUCUGCCUAUUACCCUUCCUCAUCCCCUCCUGGGUUUGGACCUGGUCAGACCCGCAUGUUUAGCAUCAAUAACCUCAUAGGGCACCCGACUCCAGCCAGCAUGCUUGGAGGUCCAGGGCCGGAGGUGAUGCAGCAGCCCAACCGGAACUUCAGUCCCGAGGGGCAUCCGAGUGAAUCCGUUCCCUGCAGCCUGGGAGCCCCAGCUUUCCAGAACCAACCAUGCGGAGGGGCCAUAUCAUCCCGCUCCUCUUCACAUCCCGGGUUCACCUACUCCGGGCCAAACGGCCACCCACACCACCAGAGCUCUUACGGACAGGGCCACGGCCAGGGAUACGCAGUGGCAGGACGCCUCCAUUCCUCAGCCCACGGGCCUGCAGAGGCCAUGGACCAUUACGGCAGGGUCUCCCCAGCGCCGCUGGGCUCUUUCUCCCAGUAUAGCAGCGCUGCGGGUCCUAUCGGCAACACCGGGGGCUACCUGAGACACCCCACAUAUCCAGGGAAUAUGGACAGGUUUGUGUCUGCCAUCUGAGCCGCUGAGAAUCUCGAGCCGAGCGCCUCGCGAAGCUGGUGAACACAACAUCGGAGACUUUGAGUGAGCCAGAGAUGAUUGUUUUUCUCUGUCCUUGAGACAAACAGUCUGAUGAAAAUCAACCUCUCCUGACACAACUGUGAUUCACUUCAUUAACCCUCCAACACAUUUUCCGUAUCGACGGUAAUUUACUCUGAGAUAGAUGCUUUAAACGAGUUUAAUGUCAAGGCCUCUUCGUGGCGUAUGAGAGAGUCAAGUUCAUCCAACACUGUGUGCAGUUGUGUGCUUUUUUUUUUUGUUUGUUUUUGUCAUGAGUUGAAUGUGCAAGUUUUUAUAAUUUACAUUACCGGUGCG